AUGCGUGCCUUCAUCGUCCUCUGUUUAUUCACCGUUGCCUGUGCGGAUAAGUUGGGCUACAACUAUCGCCCUGUAGGACACUCAGACGCUGGACUCUCGUUUGCACCAGGUGGUUCCUCAGGAUUCGGUGGUCUCGGCGGGGGCGGAUUAGGCGAUAGUGGGUUUGGUGGAUUAGGUGGCAGCAGUGGUGGACCUGGUGGUCUGGGUAGUUAUGGUGGACCAGGAGGUGCAGCGACACAAGUUUCACCUUCUUACUCCGCACCCGCCGCUGAAUUCGACAAGGAAUUCUACACCUACAGCGCUGAUGAGAAUGACUUCAAUGAACCCGCCGGCAGCGAACAACUGGAUGCUUUAUUGAAGAAGAAUCUGCGUGUUGUCUUCGUUAAGGGACCCGAAAAUAAUGGUUUGGAGAACGCCGCCCUUAAUCUUGCCAGACUUGCUGCCGAAAAGAAGACCGCAAUCUAUGUUCUACAAAAACAAGCCGACUUGGGUGAUUUGGCCAACAAAUUGCAGUCUCAACACGGCCUUACAGGUCACAAACCCGAUGUGCACUUCGUCAAGUACCGCACACCAGAGGAUGCUGCCAAUGCCCAACGUGCUAUUCAAUCGCAAUACGAUCAAUUGGGUGGCAACUCUCAAUCGCACGAUGGUGGCGCCGCACCAGUCCAUGACUUUUCGUCUCCUGCCUCGCGACCAGCUGCCCGUCCAGUAAGCGCUCCAGGCGCUUCAUACUUGCCUUCCUCGAUUAUCCGCAAAUAA